GCCUUGUUUUAGUCUGUAAGUAAUCCUGAAAAGGAAUACUUCUGAAUCGUUUCCUACAGUUUCUUAAAUAAUACAGAAAUAAAGGAAUAAGAAAUCUAAUGUAUUUUUUUUUCAUAUGUAUUAAAGUAUUAAAGUCACAUAGACCAGCAAACCAAAUAAUUGUUCCUUACAAAGAACUCAAUUAUCACCCACCUUGUGUUUUUAUCAUCACAUAGUCUCAUGAGUACAAUCAUAAAUGUCUAUUAUUUUAUAUGCAUAUAUAUAGGUCUACAUAUUCUCUCUAUUGAUAGAUAUAUUAUGAAUGAUUUGAUUAUAAUUUACGGUCAUACUACUUAAAUAUAUACUAAAACAUUCUGUUCUCGACGAUGUAUCAACGGCGAUAGUUGUUGAAUUUUUAUUUCAAUAAAAACAAUUAUACAUGUGUUGGUCGAUAUGAAUCUUGGUAAAUAAUUGAAAUAAUUGAUCAUAACACCAUGCCUGUCAUGUCGUUUAACUUAUUUGGCUAGAAGACGUAGAUUUAUUAUGCUUAUAAUUGGUAUCGAAAACCAUAAUUAUAUUAAAAAAACAAACACACUCAUCAAUUACACUCUGUAACUAGAUUAUACAGUAAUAAGCUAACAUAAAUAUGGUCAUGUGUGCAUUUGUGCUUCGGAUUCUACUUUUAUAGCAUUUGUGCAUGUGUUAGUGAAAGCAGAAACACCUUCACAUACAAUAUGUUGAGAGUAUAUAUAUAGGAUUAAUCAAUUUUGUUUUUGUAUACUAGAAACUCUUUAAAAAUUCUUUACGUAAACAAUUAAAGAUUCUUGGCAAUAAAUAUCGACAAAUUCUCUUCAUUUAAAAAAAAAUAAAUCAAUUCAAAUAGACAAGUCAACCUACUAUGCCAAGAGCGAUUAAAAGACCCCCGGAAGUUGAGGAUUUUGAAAAAUGCCAUCAUAGGCAAGUGUUGGUUAACACGUUUCUGGAAAAAUCUAUGCAUUUAUUAAAUCCAAACUUAAAUAUGCCAAAUGGAUAUGCUACAAGAAUGAAUGACAAACCAUCAAUAAAUUUGAAUAGUCAGACAAUGGUACAAAAAGAAAUUGAUUGCAUAAAACAAUUCGAAAGACAACUUCCACCAGAAUAUCCAUGCAUUACAAUAUAUUUUUCUGAUAUGGAAUGUGAUCUAGAAAGGAAAUGUAUAUUGUAUAUUGUAAGAAGAUGGGAUCGAGACGAUCCAUUUGUUAGUAUGUCACCAUUUUUGAAUGAAUUAGAAAGAGAUUAUGGUAGAGGAUGGAAAUUUGAACGAGUUACUAAUCCAAUUAAAGUUGGCCGUAUAAGUACUUCAACAAAACCUAAAUCAACCUUCUGUUUUCGCUAUGAACCAGAUUGUUAUAUAUAUAAGUUUUAUAGCGAUUAA